AACCCGGAGAGGACAGAAUCAGUCAUCUGAAUUGAUCUCAAGUAAUUGGAGGCAGAGGGAAGAGAAGUCAAUGGACCGUGCAAAGCAGAACCAACAGCUGCUACCAGUCUCCAGGUAUAAGGAAAGAAAAAUCCUGCUGACUUCAUGAGCAGAAUCACUCUCUGUCAGCCACAUUAUCAGCUUCAGAGCUCUCUGGCUUUUUUGCCAUCACCUGCCAUCAGGAAUGGCAUCAGAUAAGUCUGUCCGUGGGAUGCUCUUUCUGUCGCUCACAGUUGUUGGAGUUCCCGGGAAUAUUGCGGUCAUUGUUGCCUUCCUCCUCCUGAUCCGCCAGGAGAGCCUGCUCCUCGCAGCAGAUGCCAUCGUUCUCCACCUGGCCUGUGCCAACCUGUUGGUGGUGCUUGUACGCUGUCUGCUGGAGAUGCUAGCCUCCUUCCGCCAGGUGAAUGUCUUUGGAGACAUUGGCUGCAAAACUGUGAUCUUCAUCUACAGGACCUCCAGGGCCCUCUCUAUCUGGCUCACCUUUCUCCUGAGUGCAUACCAAUGCUUGUGCAUUGCCCCUCCUGGAUCAAGCUGGGCCUCAACCCGUGCUUUAGUUGCUCAAAAUUUAUUCAUUAUAUUCAUUUUCCUCUGGAUCCUCCACACCAGUAUGAGUGUGGGAGCCAUAGUGUUCUCUGUAAGCUCAAAGAAUCACACUACUCCGACAACAAGCGCUGUUAACACAGAGUUUUGUUAUGUAAACUUCCCAUCAGAUAUCCUUAAAGAAGGUUACGGGGCAGUACAAGUGAGCAGAGAUGUGGUGCCUAUAGUUCUCAUGACUCUAAGCAGCUUGAUCAUUCUUGUUCUCCUUUACAAGCACAGCCAGCACCUCAAGGGGCUCCGUGGUGCUGGCCAAGCUGGAUCAGGGAGCUCCGGGGCCGAGCAACGGGCUGCUAAAGUAGUAGUCGUGCUCGUGACCAUGUAUGUGGUUCUUUAUGGCGUCGAUAAUGGUCUUUGGGUGUACACGCUCACUGUGAGGCAAACAAUGCGCUCCUCGCUGAUCUCUGACCUGCGUGUAUUCUUUGCUUCACUGUAUGCCGCACUCAGCCCUCUAGUUAUCAUUGCAUCUAACAGGAAGGUGAACAGCAGGCUGAGGUGUGUUGCAAAGGAAAAGCCUUUGCAGGGGAAAACAGCUCGUCUCUGCUCUAUAUGAGGGUCAAUUUCACACAUGGCUGUAGGGGAAACUUAAGCUGAGUUAAAACUGUUUUUGUUUUUUUAUGUCUGGGUCAUGCUAGGAUUAAUAUGUUGAAACCAAAUGCUGACAAGAAUUACUUUGCUUUUAUCGCUGCUGUAGUCAUUUUACUAAGUUUCAAGGUUGAGUUGAGGAGGCGCCUUCUUCCGAGUAUUAAAGGUACAGUGGAGGAUGCUCCUUUUCCCAAGUGGUCCUCCUAAUUGUCAAUCAUUCUGGUGAUAUAUUUACAUAAGGGUCGUUCCCAUUUUCACUUACCGAUGGUGAGUCUGACAUAGUGGAAAAAUUGCAAAUCUUCUACUGGAGAGUAAGCUUGUAAGACCGAUGCAGCAACUUUUAAACAGAGCGUGCAUGAAGAGAAAUGGGCUCUGGAAUGCACUCGCACGCGUUUAAUAGGUGUUCUCUCAGUAGCAG